AUGAUCCCUCACACUUGCCUAUCCAGCCCCUCUUCCCUAUCCAGCCCCCCUUCCCUAUCCAUCCCCAACCCCUCCCUUUCCAGCCCCUCUUCCCUAUCCAGCCCCCCCUUCCCUAUCCAUCUCCAACCCCUCCCUUUCAGCCCCUCUUCCCUAUCCAGCCCCCCUUCCCUAUCCAUCCCCAACCCCUCCCUUUCCAGCCCCUCUUCCCUAUCCAGCCCCCCCUUCCCUAUCCAUCCCCAACCCCUCCCUUUCCAGCCCCUCUUCCCUAUCCAGCCCCCUUCCCUAUCCAUCCCCAACCCCUCCCUUUCCAGCCCCUCUUUCCUAUCCAGCCCCCCUUCCCUAUCCAUCUCCAACCCCUCCCUUUCCAGCCCCUCUUCCCUAUCCAGCCCCCCUUCCCCUUCCCUAUCCAUCUCCAACCCCUCCCUUUCCAGCCCCUCUUCCCUAUCCAGCCCCCCCUUCCCUUCCCUAUCCAUCCCCAACCCCUCCCUUUCCAGCCCCUACACCUUCCUAUCCAGCCCCCCUUCCCUAUCCAUCCCCAACCCCUCCCUUUCCAGCCCCUACACCUUCCUAUCCAGCCCCCCUUCCCUAUCCAUCCCCAACCCCUCCCUUUCCAGCCCCUCUUCCCUAUCCAGCCCCCCUUCCCUAUCCAUCUCCAACCCCUCCCUUUCCAGCCCCUCUUCCCUUUCCAGCCCCCCUUCCCUAUCCAUCCCCAACACCACCCUAUCCUUUCCUCCUUCCCUAUCCAGCCCCAACACCUCUAUCCAACCCCAACACCUAUUUUCCAGCCCCAACCGCUCUCUAUCCAGCCCCAACAGCUCUCUAUCCAGCCCCAACACCUCUCUAUCCAGCCUCAACACCUCUCUAUCCAGCCCCAACACCUCUCUAUUCAGCCCCACCCACUCCCUAUUCAGCCCCACCCACCCACUCCCUAUCCAGCCCCACCCACUCCCUAUCCAGCCCCAACACCUCUCUAUCCAGCCCAACACCUCUCUAUCCAGCUCCAACGCCUCUCUAUCCAGCCCCAACACCUCUCUAUCCAGCCCCAACACCUCUCUAUUCAGCCCCACCCACUCCCUAUCCAGCCCCACCCACUCCCUAUCCAGCCCCAACACCUCUCUAUCCAGCCCCAACACCUCUCUAUCCAGCCCCAACACCUCUCUAUUCAGCCCCACCCACUCCCUAUCCAGCCCUAACACCUCUCUAUCCAGCCCCAACACCUCUCUAUCCAUCCCCAACCCCUCUCUGUCUAUUCCCAACCCCUCACUAUCCAGCCCCAACCCCUCCCUAUCCAGCCCCAACCCCUCCGUAUCCAGCCCCAACCCCUCCGUAUCCAGCCCCAACCCCUCCUUAUCCAGCCCCAACCCCUCCUUAUCCAGCCCCAACCCCUCACUAUCCAGCCCCAACCCCUCCAUAUCCAACCCCUCUCCAUUAAUUCCCAGCCCCAUCCCCUCCCUGUCCAACCCCAACCCCUCUCUAUCCAACCCCAACCCCCCCCAUCGAUAUCCAAAGACUCAGCAGUACGUCGUUGCCUUGAGUUCAUUACCAGAGAUGGGACCUCCCCCUUUUGUUCCCAAAACCGAGGCCUCACCAUGGUAA